AUGCCGUCCCGAUUUGAACGUCAUCUGCCCAUCCCUCCGAGCUCGACUUCUGGUACAGCCGCCAUUCCUCUACACCCUUCCCAAAUUUCCGGACCGGGAACUAGCCCAAAUCUCCCGGUUCGGCCUCGCGAUGCUCCGACCAUGUCUCCAAUAAAUGGUAGUGUGCCCAAGCACUCGCACCACGGAGGCCAUUCCCGCUCGAUCAGCAAUCCGUUCGCCGGAUUUGGGCGCAGGCGGGACAAGGCAGCCGCUAAGCACAAUAAUUGGGAUUCAGAUUCGGAUGAUGAUGAAGUAACCUUCCCUCUGGAACCCGAGUCGAAUAGUCCUCGAAAGGGUGCAGCACGUGGAGGACCUGCAAAUGAUCUCGCCGAGGGCAAGUGCCAGACAUGCGAUGCUACGGUCCGAUGGCCACGACACUUGAAGGUGUUUAGAUGCUCCGACUGUUUAAUGAUCACAGAUCUAGAAUCGGAUGCCCAUGAAACAAAAAACUUGGGUGGUCGCCAUGACAAUUCUCCACAUGGAUCUCAGGGGGGCCGUCUAGUGGUUCCUUUGACGGCCAACCAGACCCGGGGUAUGAUUGGAGGGUGUCUCAAUAUGUAUUUUGAUGACCUAUUGGAAAAUGGCUACCGGCCAUGGUUGUCGCUGGACGACGACAUACUGAACAAACCAUUGCCUGCUCUUCCAUCGACCCAAACACAUGCCUCUAACUCAAAGAAUCUAUCGCCCCCGCAUGCUGGUGAUUCUCGGAGCCGUAGUGCUUCCCAGUCAAGCGAACGAGGGAGGCUUGCGGCAUCAAAGGAGAAGUCGGCUCAUUUAACACCAGAAUCCGCUCGCUGGGAGGGUAACGACACACCUGCCAGAGCCCGUGCAAAUUCAGAUCUUCAAUCAUCUCCAAAAUCCGCCAGCCGUCCGCAAGACAGCUCGCAAGCUACGAACGUGGAUUGCCAAAGCCGAGACAAUCAGUCAUACGUAUUCAAGCAGCUAGAGAAUAUCAUCACUACUGCUUUCAAAGGCUGUGAUUGCCUGAACGAAUCUUUCCCCACAUAUCCACCAUCUCGGUCGGCUCGAUCCGCCAGUAAUGGCAAUCCGCCGAGAAUGAAGAUGGAAACCACCGCAAUACCUGAACCUGCGCAUGAUGCCCCUGUCUUUGAGCCAGACGCGAAGACACUUCUUUUGGGGGACCUGACUGAGAACUCGGCUUGGUGGAUGAAUGAAUGGGCUGAAGCUGAAGGCAAAAAUCCUACAUAUUCCAAAGAAAAGAGUCCCCAGAAAUCUCGAAUGAUAUCAUCCCGAAGUCCGAGAAUUAAUUGGGCCGAAGUAGCCCAAUGGUAUCAUUCAAUUCUGUCCGCGGGGAGCUCUUGGGCUGAACAGUGGAAGUCCAAAAAGCCUGAUCCCACACGCUCAGAAGCGGCUUUGAUACGAGCCAAGAGAUGGGCAGCUAUCGACCCAUCUUUGAUUGGGAGACAAAUCAGCGAUUCUCGUCUACAUUUACAACGGACGCUGUUGAAAGCCACGGAGAACCUUCUCAAACGCCCACGCCGAGUUUUGAAAAAUCCAGAAGACACCAGAUUCUUGUUCAUCUUGUUAGCAAAUCCUCUUCUCUCUUCACCUGCCUCUUAUCCCCAGAAUACACCAAGCCCGUCGCCGCCUCGUGGUGCCAGGCGCCCCUCACACCCAAAAGACAAUCCCAAAUCGGCAGAUCGAGACGGCAAGUCUCCACAUAAAGAGUCAUCUAUACUUCCUUCUCGUCCAGAAAGCCCCAAUCAUCACUAUGGGCUUAUCAAACGAAUCCUUGGACUCCUGUCCAACUUGCCCAAUGACUGUCAUCACUAUUUCGUCUCUUGGGCUUCGCGUUUCUCUAUUAGGCAUUUCGAGCGAUUGGUAGAACUUGUGGGUGGAUUUCUCACUUACCGUUUGAGCCGCCAACAUGGGCGAAAACGCCCCGGAAAUCUUCAAGACGGAGAUGAUUUGAUCCCGAGUUUUUCCAGUGCUUCGGGCAACACUCCUGCAGAACUUCAUGCUGCUAUUAAUCGAAGAACCCCAAACAAGAAGUCUGGCAAAAAGACCGAGACGCCCAUGAUAUACGCCGAGGACUGGCAGAUCAGAUCGGCCGCAAGGGUCAUGUCAUUAUUCUUUACAGCGAACAUCUCCACUGCCACGAGGAAAUCUGAUGGAACACCACGCAGCCUUGAAGCCCCCAAGAACCCAGGUCCCCGCCAGGGUCAUAUGAUUCCAAUCAGUACAUUCUAUAACACACUGCUGGACUAUUCGGAUUUGGUGGCAGACUUCGAAACCUGGGAAUCCAAGGGCUCAAAGUUUUCGUUCUGCCAAUAUCCAUUUCUCCUCAGCAUCUGGGCCAAAAUCCACAUCAUGGAGCAUGAUGCACGUCGUCAAAUGGAAGUGAGAGCCCGCGACGCCUUUUUCAACAGUGUCCUGAGUUCUCAGGCAAUUAGCCAGUAUCUUGUAUUGAAGGUACGGCGCGAGUGCUUGGUUGAAGACAGCCUCAAGGGAGUCAGUGAAGUUGUUGGCACUGGCCAAGAAGAAAUCAAAAAGGGUCUCCGAAUUGAAUUCGUGGGUGAAGAAGGCAUCGACGCUGGAGGUCUGCGGAAGGAGUGGUUCCUUCUGCUGGUCCGAGAGGUCUUUGACCCUCAUCAUGGUCUUUUCGUCUACGAUGAUGAUUCGCAGUAUUGCUACUUCAAUCCCUAUUGCUUCGAGUCAUCUGAGCAAUUCUUCUUAGUUGGGGUUCUUCUGGGACUCGCCAUCUACAACUCCACUAUUCUUGAUAUUGAUCUUCCGCCAUUUGCAUUCAAGAAGUUGUUGUCGUCGGCGCCGCAUACCAACGGGCCGCAAACGGCUAAUUCCUUGCGUUCGACUUUCAAGUGCACUUUAGAAAAUCUUGCCGAAUACCGGCCAGCUCUCGCCAAAGGACUCCGGGGUCUUCUGGAAUUCGAAGGCAAUGUUGCGGAAACAUUCUGCUACGAUUUUGUUGCCCAGGUCGACCGCUAUGGUGAGAUCGUCACUGUGCCACUCUGUGCAAAUGGUGAGAAUCGGCCAGUGACCAAUUCCAAUCGGCGUGAGUUCGUGGACUGCUAUGUCCAAUACCUGCUAGACACAUCCGUGUCUCGACAAUUCGAGCCAUUCAAACGCGGUUUCUUCACUGUCUGCGGUGGAAAUGCUUUAUCUUUGUUCCGACCAGAAGAGAUCGAAUUGCUAGUCUGCGGGUCUGAUGAAUCACUCGACGUCAAUUCUCUUCGGGCUGUGGCCACGUAUGACAACUGGUCUCAUCCACGACCAGAGUCAGUUCCCGUAGUGCGAUGGUUUUGGGAUUUCUUCGAAAAGUCACCACCGCAAGCGCAGCGCAAGAUUCUGACAUUCAUUACUGGCAGCGACCGAAUUCCAGCAAUGGGAGCCACGAGCCUCGUCAUUCGACUUGCUUGUCUUGGAGAUGACUGUCCUCGUUAUCCGAUUGCGCGUACGUGUUUCAACACACUGGGUCUUUACCGCUAUUCAACUCUGGAGAAGUUCCAGCGAGUGCUCUGGGAUGCGGUUGUCAACAGCGAAGGAUUUGGUUUGAAAUAG